AUGGAAACGAGGCUGUGGAGGAAAUUAGGAAACAUACUUGCCUGGUCUUAAGUUGUUCGCACGAGACUUGUGGACGCGCGUCUAGGGAUUAAACCUGUUUCCUGAACACUUGACGCACUCAUACAUAUAUAGUUGCACUAUGAAGUCUGAGGAGCAUCACUGUAACAUCUCAGACGUCCAGGGUGAAUCCCAGCCAACUGACAUGGGUGCAGGUGAUAUGGAAGCUGUGCGGGCUCUGAUGUCCAUGACUAAGCACUGGAAGUCACGAAACUUCAGGGUGAGGCACUACAGACCUCUGUCUCCCUCCUCAGACUCCUCAGAGGACGACCAGGUCACCACCAGUUCUGCUGUGCUGCAGGACUCUCUGUUUUGCAUGACACCACCAUGCAGCCCGCCCCACUUUGUGACGGCCUGUCCAGGUCCAGCUCUGAAGCCUCACCGACCUACAGAAGCGACGUCUCUGCACAAACACGCUGCUCAGCAGAGCUUCCAGUGCACCAGUGUGAUCCGUCACACUGCAGAUGGCCUCCACUGCUCCUCCAACCUUAAUCGUUCCUCAAAGGAGGAAGAGGUCGUUCGGGUUCACAUGCUGGACUCUAAAACUGAUGUGAACUGUAAAGAUGAGCCGAAUAGCAGAGACUCUGAGGAGACUGUUACAACACAAGCUUACACUGAGACGUCCCCAAAUGUUGUUCAGUCCAGAGAGAACCCAGGAAGCCUUUUAGGCUUAGAUGAAAAUAAAAAUACGCCUCAGUCUGUCCCAGCUGGAGAUGCUCUGGUCUCGCCUGUGCCUGUCUACUGCCACAUUGUUCCUGUCUCUUCUUUGGCCACCGUUGUGCAGAACGCUGUCACAAACUCGCACAGUCAGCAGCAACACCUACUGCCAGCAAUCACCAUGGUGCACACGCCGCUGCAGCACAAACAAGAAGGACAAACGGCUUCUUCUGCUCAGGUCUUCCUUGUAGGGGGUCAGGUGGCAAAGGGUCCCGUCAUGCUCCUUGUCCCUCAGCCGCCUGUUCCUCCUGUCUACAUUCAACCAGCACCGGUGACCAAUGGUGGACCAAAGUUCGCUGCCAUUGCCCCGGCGCCUCAUCGCACCUUAUCGGAGCAAAGAUGUGUCCCACAGCAGCCAGAGGUGGCCCGCGCACGCAAUCACGUUUGUCCCCGUGAGAACUGCAACAAGACUUACUUCAAGAGCUCUCAUCUCAAGGCCCACAUGAGGACACACACAGGUGAGAAACCUUAUAAAUGCAAGUGGGAGGGUUGUGAGAGGCGUUUCGCUCGCUCCGAUGAGCUGUCCCGGCAUCGCCGAACCCACACAGGAGAAAAAAAGUUUGCCUGCCCAAUGUGCCUCAGCCGCUUCAUGCGUAGUGACCACCUUGCCAAGCACGCCCGAAGACACCUGGCAGCGAUGAGGGGACGCUGCUGAACUCCCUGCAUGCAGUAUCGUCUUCAGCAACAAUAACAAACCCCACUGUGAAACCAAAUGACAUGCGCUACGCUGUUGAGACUGACUCACACAAGACUGUAGAUGUUUUUUACGUCACCUUAUGAAAGGGCUAUUGUGCAACACUGUUAAACUUUGCUAUACUGCUGUUCUGUAAUCAUUCUAAUUGAAUAUAAACGAGGUAAUCAAAGUGUU